AUGAAUGAAGAUUUAAAAUUAGGGUCUGUGGUGUGGCCUAAUUUUUCUUCUCCUUUUAGUUUAUCAUGUUAUUCUGUAAAUGAAAAUUGUAAUACAUUAGCUGUUGGUAGUUAUGAGGGUAGUAUAAUUUUAUUUAGGAUAGAUGAGAAUAAAGUUGAAUAUGUUUAUAAUAAAAUAAAAAAGGAUAUAAUCGGAGAAGGUUAUAUAAAGAAAGAUGAUGAAUAUGAUGAUAAGAGUGAUAAUAAAAUUAGUGAAAGUUUUAGUAGUAGUACUAAUCAUAUGGUUGAUGAUCAUUAUUAUGAUAAAGGAAAUAAAAAAGAGGAAUUAUUAAAUAAGGAUAAUAAUAAAAUUGGUGAUAAUAUAAAUGAUAGUGAUCAAAAUGGUAAUUCUGAAAAGAUAAAUAAUAAUGAUAAUAUCAAAAAUAAUAAUAUGAAUAAUAAUAAUAUGAAUAAUAGUAAUUAUAAAAAAUUUGUUAAGAAAAAAAAAAAACGAUUUUGUAAUCGAAUUAAUUUAUUACCUUAUAAUAUUUUAUUAAAUAAUAGUAAUAAUACAUGCAAUAAUAGCAUAUUACAAUUAUGCUACGGUUUAACAUGUUGUUCUUUAAUUGAAUGUGUAUCUAAAGAAGUAUUGAUAUCAUUACAUCUAGAUAAUAUAAUAUAUUUCUGGUCAAUUGAUGAAGGUAGAUGUUUUAAAGUUUUAAAAAACUUUGAUUUUAUUAUUUAUAAUUUAAGAAUAUUACCAGAUAGAAGAUUCUUAUUAAUUAGUGGAGAGAAAAAAGUUCUUGUUGUUGAUAUAUGGGCUAAUACAAAUAAGGAAAUAAUAGCAGAGUUAAAUAUUAAUCCUUAUCAGAAUAUACAGAAUAAAUAUAAUAAGAAAGAGAAGAACACAAAUCCAAAUGAUAUAAAAGAAGAAGAAGAUUAUUAUAUUGGUGAUAUUAAUGAUAAAUAUUAUUCUUCUUCUUACGGAUCAGAUGAUAAUAAUAUAUACAAUAUAAAUAAUAUGUAUGAUUAUUUAAAUAAUAAUAUGUCAUCUGAUCCUCAAGAUAAUAAUAUCUAUAUUAAUAGUAAAAAUAAAAAUAUGGCAUAUAAUAAGUUAGAUCGAGAUAAAGAUAUAAAUAAUAAUAUUCAUGAGGACACCAUCAAAUUGAAGAAUAUAUUUGGAGUUGUCAAUCGAUACACCAACGACAACAAUAAUAUUAAUAAUAAUAAUAAUAAUAAUAAUAAUAAUUAUAAUAAUAAUAAUAAUAUAAAAGGUCAAAAUUAUAAACGAAAGAAUUCCAUUCAUACGUCCGAUUUAAAAUUAUGCUCUAUAGCUACAGGUGUUGUUCCUUAUUUAAAGGAAGAUAAUCAAAGAUCGGUUAUACAAUGUUUUAAAUUAUUAAAACGUAAAUUAUUUAGUAUGAAUGAUAAAAAGGAAAAGGAUAUGAAUGAUAAUAGUGUGAAGAAAAGUUAUGAGAAGUUAUUUGAAGAUCUAUACAUAAACAAUAAUAAUAAUAAUAAUAAUGAUAAUAAUAUUAGUAGUAAUAAUAAUAAUAUAUUAAAUGAUGAAUAUUUAAAAUUAAAAGAUAAAGAAGUUAAUGAUCGUUUGAAUAAUCUAUUUUAUUGCCCAGUUUUAAUUUCUGCUUCUUUAAAUAAUGGAGAUGUUAUAUGUUGGGAUUUGACUGAUUUUUUAAAUUAUUAUAAAUGUAAAUGUCGUUUUGUUAUUAGGACAGAAAAAACAGAAUUAGAAUUAUAUAAUGAAAUGAUAGAAGAUAUAUCUGAAAAUUGUAUAUAUGAUGAAUUAAUAAAAACACGUAUCAGUUCAACUAAUGAUAUUAAUUUAAAAGAAAAUGAGAAAUAUAUUAAAGGUAAAGAAGAUAUAUAUAAAAAAUAUAUGGGUAUAUAUAAUAUAGAUCCAAUACAUAUAGCUAAUUUAAAUGAAUUCGAAAAAAAAACAUUAGAAAUAGCUACCAAUGGAUAUUCGAGUCAAAUUGGUAUAAUAGAUAAUUAUAUUAUUUUAUUACAAAAAACAAGAUUAAUUAUUUAUGAAAGAAAAUGUGUAUCAUCUUUAAAUAAUGUAUCUGAUCCAUCAACAAAUAUUUCAUCAAAUAUUUCAUCAAAUGUUUCAUCAAAUGUUUCUUCAAAUAUGUCAUCAUAUUUUGUCCCCUUGAUGGAUUUAUUCUGUCCAGAUUAUCAAGAAAAACAAAAGAGGAUAUUACAUAAUACUCAUUGGGUGGGUAUUCAGGUUAUUCGUAGGCCUAUAUGGAAAUUUUCAUCAGGUAUCUUCCAAAUGAUGGGCUUUAAAAAAAAGUCUUACAAUAUUAUGCAGAAAUUAUCUAAGAAUAUAUGUGGAUCAAUUAUUGCAUGGACAAAUGAAGGAAAUUUCUAUACAUACACCUUACCAUUAAAAUUUUCAAGUCUGUUUUUAUCCUUUCAGUCGAAUAUAAAAUCUUUCUUUUUGACAAGGGUUUCAAAGGAUUUGUUAGGUUCUUUUAAUAGUGCUGUUCCUUUGAUUAUUUAUAGAGAGAAUGUUACGGAAAGAGUGAAAGAUACUGUAGAUGCUAUGAAUAAUAAGAAUAAAGAAAAUUUCGAGAUUAAGAUUAGUGAGAGUGCUGAUAUGAAUCUUUAUAGUAAUAAGAUAUAUUCUUCGGAAUAUAUAAAAAGGUUGAAUAACUCGAAUGAAGAAUUAAUAGAUAAUACAAUUAAAAAAAGAAGCAUUGAAAGAAGGAAAGAUAAAAAGAAUGAGAAUAUAAAAUUUAUAUGUGAUGAUGAAAAGAAAAAUGUUAUUUUUGAGGAUUAUAAAAAUUAUAAAUAUAAUCCUAUUGAGAAACAUUCUAAAUGUAAAGAAGAUUUUUUCUUUUUUUUUGUAAAUAAGAAUUAUAGACGUAGAAUAAUAGUAUAUGAAUAUUUAUAUAAUAUAUGGUAUAAGACAUCAAAAUUGGAAAAGGUGUGGCUGUUGCCUAAGAAGAAAAAUAUAGAACGGGUUAUUCAUAUGAUGAAAAGUAAAGAUAGAUAUACAAUUAAUAGAAAGGAUGCUAAUAUAAAUGAAUAUGUUGAUAAAAAAUGUAUGGAGAAGGAAAAUACAAAAAUUUUUAAUGACAAUAUAAAUGGAUAUGAUUUGAAUAUAUAUAGCAUGAACAAUAAUAACAAUAAUAAUAUAACCUAUUCUGAUAAGAAAAAAAGUGAAGGUAGUAUUUGCUCUUAUGUUAUAGCACAUCAUAAUUUAAAUAUCUAUAUUAUUAUCAGCUAUACUAACGGAUGUGUUACGAGCACAUUAAUAAAUUCUUAUAAUAAUAAACUGAAUAAAGAAAAGGUGAUUCGUAAUUUAUAUAUUCCAAAAAAAAUGUAUAAUAGAUAUCGUAAGGAUAUGUUUAUUACAACACUAUAUUAUGAAAAUAAUUUUUUAAUUGGUGGUAGUAAUCAUGGAGAUAUCCUUAUAUGGAAAUUAAUAAAUUUUUCUCUUGUUAAGAUUUUAAAAAAUUGUCAUUUGUCUUAUGUAUGUAGUAUUCAUAAAGUUGUAAAAGAAAAUUAUAUUUCUAAUAAUUUAAAAAAUAAAAAAGAUAUAUCUGAUACUUCGAUUGUUACAAAUAAUAAAAAAAAGAAAAAAGAUGAACAUGAUAAAGAUAAAAAGAAAGAAGAAAAUUUUGAAGAAAUAAUUAAAGAAGAUAUGAGUAAUUUUAAAAAAAUGGAACAAGAUCAUUGGAUAUUAACUUGUGAUAGUAGUAAUAAUAUCAUGUUAUUAAAUUUGAAUCCUAUAUAUUAUGAUAAAAAUCGAUUUCAUUUUUUUUGUCAAAAUGAUCCAUAUAAAAUAUGCAUAACAACUGAUGAAGAAAUAGAAAAAUAUAAAAAUAGCAAAAAUAUGUAUUUUUUUAAAAAAAAAGAAAAUGAAAAAAAAAAAAAAAUCAAAGAAGAAAAAAAAAAAAUUAUUUAUAAUUAUGUACAUAGUUUAUUAAGAAGGUCAAGUCAUAUUGGAAAGGAAAAUAAAAAUAUAUAUAAUUUAUUGAACAUAUUAAAACAUAAAAAAAGUAUAGGCAUGAAAAUAUUACACAAAGGAAAUUAUGAUGAUUAUUAUUAUAAUAUGUUUGUUGGUAGGAAACAAAUACAAGAUUGUUCUUUAAAUAAUUAUGGAGAGGAACAAAAAUAUUCUUUUGAUAUAUAUAAGAAUAUAUAUAAAAGUGUUAAUAAAAUGAAAGGAAUACAAAAGGGUAGCAUAAGGAUGAGUAGAAAUAAAAUGAACAAUGAAAUAUAUGGUGAAAUAUAUGAUGAAAAGUAUGGCGAAAAAUAUGGUGAAAAGUAUGGCGAAAAAUAUGGUGAAAAAUAUGAUGACCAAUGUGAUAAUGAACAUCCUCUAAAAAAUGAAGAAGAAAGUUAUAGUGAUAACAAUGAUAAUCAUAUUAAAUAUAAUACAAAGAAGAAAAAAAAAAAAGGAAUAAAACCAUAUAUUUAUAAUAAAGAAUAUUAUAUUAUAAAAAAAGAAAAAGAAUUAAAAAAUAUGACAAGUGUCUGUUUCCAUUGUACAUGUCGAAAAUUAGAAAAAAAAAAUGAAAUAAAUUACAAACUAAUAAAUAAUAUAUAUAUAAAUACAUAUUCUUCUUUGUUAUAUAUAAUAUUGUUAAAUAAUUAUAUAUAUAUAUAUAAUUAUAAUACUGGUCAAUUUAUAAGAUCUAUAUAUGAUUCAGAAUUUAUGCAUUUAACAAAUUUUUCAUAUGAUGAGUGUUACUUAAAAUUAGGUGUUAAUAUAACACAUUUAAAUAUUUUGAAUAGGGUUAAAAUAAAGGAUGUGAAUAGACUUGAGAAUUAUAAUAUAAUAGAUGAUGGAUAUACGACGGAUGAUAUGGAAGAAGAUAAUUAUUAUGAUUAUAAUUUUGAUGGUAAUAUAUCACAAAGGAAUUAUAAAUAUAAUAUUGUGAAUAAUGUAAAUAAUAAUAAUUUAAGAUAUUCUCAUAAUGAUUAUAUUUUUAAUAAGAAUAAAGAUAGUAAUAUAAAUUAUUUAUCAUCAUCAUCGUCAUCAUCUUAUAUAUCAUCUUCUUCAUCUUAUUCGUCAUCGUUUUCAUCUACUUAUUCUACUUCGAUUUGCUCUGCUUCCAUUUUAAAUAGUUCUAUAGAAAAUGUUGGAAAAAUGAAAGUAUCGUUCGACUUAUCAUUUAAAGAUAAUAUAAAUGAAGAAAAGGAUUUAAAGAAUAAAAAGGAAAUUAAUUUAAAACGUGAGAAUAAUAUAUAUAGAUAUAAUUUUGAGAACAACAAUAUUUGUAAAUAUACAGUAAAAACACAAAUACCUAUAAUAAGUUUUAUUUUAUUUAGAGAUAGUAAUUUAUCCAAGAAAUCAUUACCAUUAACAAAAUUAUUAUAUCAUUUUUUUAUGCCUAAAAAUUGUAUACAAGUAUGUAAAGAGUUAUAUCCAUUUUUAAUUAAUUUUCCUUCUAUACCAUUUUCUUUAUGUAUUCAUGGAAAGGAAUCUUCUUUUAGUUUUGUUAUUCCAAUGUCUACACAGAUAUAUUAUUUUUCUAGAAUGCAUUCAAUGAAAUGUAAAAAGAAUGACACAGAUGUAUAUAUAACUCUUGGUAGUAAACAUAAAGAAAGAUAUAUAUUAAAUGAGAAAAGAAAAAAAGAAAAGUUUUUUUAUGAUUCUUUAAAUUUAGAAUAUGAUAAUCCAUAUAAUAAAAAGUUCAAAAAAAAAUACUUCCUUAGUGAUAUAUUGAAAAAGAAGUAUAUUUAUUUGGAUGUAAUGAUUGGAAGUCUAAAGAAAAAACCUUUUAAAGAUUUUAGAGAAUUUUCAAAGUAUAAAAAUUGGACCAAAAAAAUAAGUGUAAAUAAUAAUUUGUCAAAUUCGUAUCUUCAGGUGGAUAAAACAAAACAAAAUAAAGAAAUAAAAAGAGAUGAAUUAAAAUGUAAUGGUAAUGGUAAUGAUAAUGAUAAUAAUAGUGUUGAUAUAAGACAAAGUAAAAUGAUAGCUAAUAAUAUGGGUGAUUAUAAUGAGGGUGCACAAGAAAUGAAUAAAUAUGAGAAUGAUGAUGAACGAGAAUCUGAUAUAUUAAGAAAUAAUAAUGUAUAUAAUUGUAUGUAUUAUAAUGAUCACAUGGGUAAUAAAAAAAAAAAUAAUAAUAUAAAUAAAAAUAAUCAUGCUGAUGAUAAUAUAAAUGGAAAUAAUCAUGGUAAUGAUAAUAUAAAUAAAAAUAAUUAUGGUGAUGAUGCUAGUAUGGAUAAUAUUACCACUAAAGAUGAAGAAUUCAUAAAAAGUGAUGAAAAAAAUAAAAAAGUUGAAAGAAAUAUAUUAACAGAAGAAUAUACAAAGAGACGUAAUUAUAAUAUUUUACAGUAUAAUUAUUAUAAAGAUAUUAGAAUAAAUAGAAAGAAUUCGAAUAUAUCUCCAAAAUGGGUUCUAAAAUGUUUAGAUGAUGACUUAUCAAAUUAUUCAUCUGAUAAAUCGAGUAUAGGUUUAUAUAUAAAAAAAGGAAAUUAUAUAAAUAAUAAUAAUAUUUAUAGGAAAAAGAUUAAGAUGAUGAAGAAGAAAAAAAAAAGUAGUGUAUAUUUAAAUAAAAUAAAUAGUAAUAUACAAAAUAACAAGUGUGAUGAUGUUUCAUAUUCAUUAACUAAUAAUAUUAAAUUAGAAAAAUUGAAAGAAAAAGGACGUAAGAAAUAUAAAAGGAAUAUUCAUAAGAAUAAAGAAAUUUUUUUUUAUAAUAACAGUAUUGAAAUAUAUUGUAAUAGUGUUUAUAUAAAAACAUUAUAUAUUUGUUUUAUAUUAAGAUUUCUAGAAUUGUGGAAAAGGUGGUAUAAAAUAAAAUAUAAUGAAGAUGUGAUAAAUAAUUUUAAUGAAUACAUCAUUGAUAAUUUACCUAGUGGUAUAGAUAUAAAUUUAUUUUUAUUAAGUUAUAUAUCUAUGUAUCCAUAUGAUAAAAGUAUUCGAUUAGAAUUACAGAAUUUUAUGUAUAGAAUAUUACGUAAUAUGAGUGAUAAGUUAUUAGAUAAAUAUACAAAGACAUGCACAGAAAUCUUAAGAAUAAAUAAUAAGAAGAAAAGAAUAAUAGAAAAGAAUAUAGAUGAGAUAUCAUUAUAUGAUACAAGUGGAACAUAUAUUAUAUCUAUAAUAAUACCUAAGAUAGGAUGUUUAUAUUUAUAUCCAUUUAUAUAUGCAGAUGAAAUAUCAUUAACAUUAUUAUUAUUAUUAUUAUUAGUAAAAUCUGAAUAUUUAACAAGUUGUAAAACAUUUUAUACUAAUGCUAGUAUGAUAACAUUAAUAAUACAUCAUAUAUGUUAUUAUAUAUUUGUAGAUACCAAAUAUUUUUUAGAAAAAAAUAUUAAAUUUAAUAAAUUUAAAUUAUUUCACUUUAUACAUUUAUUAUCAUUAAGUUUUUCAGUUACUUGGGAUUUACAAAUGUUAAUACAAAAAGGAAUAUUUACAAAUAAUAUGAAAAAUGUAUCUAAUGUUACUUUUAAUUUGUGUUUAAAAAAAGAAGAUUUUAUAUUCAAUGAAAGAUUAGUUAAUGAGAAUUAUUAUAAAGCAUUAAAAGAUUAUUAUGUCCAUGCAGAAAUAAAUAUUGAUAAAAAUGAUAAUAAAAUGUUAAAUAAUUCUUUGAGAGAAAUAAAUUUGAAAAAUUAUUUAGAAGAUUAUUUGGAAUAUAUAAAUAAUGUAAGUGACAUAGAGUUCGAUAAAAUGGAAGGUAAUGAAUCUAAUCAAAAUAAUAUCAAUAGUAAUAAUAAUAUGAAUAGUAAUAACAAUAUGAUUAAUUCUUUUGAUAAUACCUUUUCAUAUAUUAGUAAUGAGGAAAAAUAUAAUAUACGUAAUAAAUCAUAUGAAUUAUUAAAGAUCACAAAUUUUAUGGAUACGAAUGGUAAUAAUAAUAAUAAUAGUAAUAAUAGUAAUAAUAAUAAUAGUAAUAAUAAUAAUAGUGGUUAUAUAUCUAGAUUUCAUAAAAAAUAUUCCUUGGUAGAUAAGAAAAAUAAAAAUGUGGACGAUAAUAAUAAUAAUAAUAAUAAUGAUAAUAUAAAACGUGAUACUUCUUAUAUAACAUUUUAUGAUAACAGCUAUAAUAAAUUAGAUACUUAUGAUAUAUAUGGACAUAUUAAUAAAUAUAAUGAAAAUAAUAAUAUACAUUUGAAUAAAUAUGAUAGUGGUGAUAAUAAGAAUGAUUAUAUAACAAAUAAAUAUGAAGAGAAAAAGAAUAAAAAGAAGGCUUUAUUUUCAAAACAUUAUAAUAAUGAGAAUAUAAAACAUAAUGAUAAUAAUAUGGAAAAUGAUAUUAGUAUAUAUAGAAUUAAUGAACAUAAUUAUAUAAAUAUAUGUCACUUUAUUUUAAAUAUAUUUGAAUUAUAUACAUUAUCAUUAAAUAAUAUUAGUUUUUUAAAAAUAUUAAUAAAUAUAGGAAGAUUAGAACCAUUUUUAUUUUUAAAAACAUUACAUUAUAUAACUGGAAAUAUGCAUAAAAAGGUAUCAUCAAUAAAUAAAAUUUUAUUUCUAUUAAUAAUUUUAAUAAAAAAUUAUAAGUGUAUAUUUAUAUGGUAUAUGAAUAUAAUUAUUGAUAUAUUAUUAAAUUCAUUAGAUCCAUCAAAUAAUGUGAGAAUUUUAUGUUUAAAAUUAUCAACAAGUUUAAUAUAUACAUUAGUUAAGUAUUAUAAUAUAUGUUCAUUUAAUAAGUUUACACAAAAAUUAGCUGUAGCAAAUAAUAUAAAUAAAUGUAUAUAUCUAUAUGAUUUAAAAAGUGCAAAGAAAUUAAAAAUAUUCCAAGGACAUAAAAAAUAUAUAGAUUGCAUAAAAUUUAAUACGAAUGGAACAGCUCUAGCUUCCUAUUCAAAAUUAGACUUAUCUUUUAAAUUAUGGAAUUGUACAAAUGUAGGAUUAUUUAGUGGUUUCUUAAAAAUACAAUCCAAAUGUGCUCGUGAUAUACAACUAUCUAAAAUUAAAUCUAGUUAUAUUUAUCUCUCAGAUAGUUAUAUUGAUAUUACUUAUAAAAAAAAAAAUGAAUGGAUAUUAAAAAGGGAAGACAACGCAAUAUAUCUAAUAUAUAUAUGA